AUGGCCACUACCGCAGCGAGCAUAGAAUGUGAUAAUUACUAUCAAAUUAGUGACGAUGACUUAGACGAUUGUGAAGAUUUACCCGAUGAUUGUUUGUUGGAAGAAGCCGAUAUAGGAAAUGCCACAACAUCCCAAUCUUCGCAAAAUAAUACACAUACCCGUGGACCCUAUGAACGAGCCUGGACAACAGACGCCACACGAGCAUUAAUUCACAUACGAGGUCCGAUGGAACAUCGUUUUACCGAAGGACGACAAAAACGUACCGCUCUAUGGUUGCACUGUACACGACAAUUGCAGAAAAUGGGGUUUCGUUAUAGUGCCGGUAAAGUCCAAAAGAAAUGGCACAACAUUCUGAUUACCUACAAUAAGAAUUUGAGUAAAAAAUUCACAUCCGGUUAUGUUCAUUGGGAGUUUUUCGAAGAAAUGUAUAAAUAUUUACAAGGUAAAAAGGCGGAUUUCAAUGAGAGCUCUUUUGGUAGCAAGAGACAUCAGCAACAACAACAACAACAGCAGCAACAAACUCUUCAAGCAAUUACCACAGGAGGUCCAACAACAUCCACUUUAAAUGUUGAGGGUACAACAAACAACUCAUUUUCAAAUGCCAAUUCUGAAACGGCAAUAAUACAGCCACACGUGGAACUAGAUUCGAAAUCAAAUGAUGAUUUCGAUGAAGAGGAUAGCAAUUCAUUGUCAGAUCUGAAGAAACCAAAAUUAGAAGUAAAAGACGAAUCAGACAGUCCCGAAAUGUAUCCCAUAGAAAUAAAUGAUACAAAUAAUUUAAUAAAUAAUAAAGUAGAUUAUCGCAGAGAGAAUAUGAUGCAAAAAUUUGUGGUAUCUGGCGGCGAUGAAAACGCCCGAAUGGAUACGCAAUCCUGGUGGCAGGAUUAUUUUGAUCGUAAACUACAAGUUGAACGUGAAAAAAUCGAAAUGCAAAAAGAAAUGCAUCGCGAACUGAUGCAAUUCAAUAAAAUGUCUCUACUGCAACAGGAAAAAAUCGAACGUAUAAAAAUUGAGGCCAUCAAUAAUCUAACAAGUACUCUGCAAAAAUUAGUUGAAGUUAAAUAUAAGAAGCUAUAAACUUGU